AUGUUGACUUUUCUGGCUUGCAGACCAGGAUUCUAUAAAGCCUUUGCUGGGAACAUAAAAUGUUCUAAAUGCCCUCCACACAGCCUAACCUACAAGGAAGCAACUUCUGUCUGUCAGUGUGAAAAGGGUUAUUUCCGAGCUGAAAAAGACCCACCUUCUAUGGCAUGUACCAGGCCACCUUCAGCUCCUAGGAAUGUGAUUUUUAACAUCAAUGAAACAGCCCUUAUUUUGGAAUGGAGCCCACCAAGUGACACAGGAGGGAGAAAAGAUCUCACAUACAGUGUGAUCUGUAAGAAAUGUGGCUUAGACACCAGCCAGUGUGAGGACUGUGGAGGAGGACUCCGCUUCAUCCCAAGACAUACUGGCCUGAUCAACAAUUCUGUGAUAGUACUUGACUUUGUGUCUCACGUGAAUUACACCUUUGAAAUUGAAGCCAUGAAUGGAGUUUCUGAAUUGAGUUUUUCUCCCAAGCCAUUCACAGCUAUUACAGUGACCACAGAUCAAGAUGCACCUUCUCUGAUAGGUAUGGUAAGGAAGGACUGGGCAUCCCAAAAUAGCAUUGCCCUAUCAUGGCAAGCACCUGCUUUUUCCAAUGGAGCCAUUCUGGACUACGAGAUCAAGUACUAUGAGAAAGAGCAUGAACAGCUGACCUAUUCCUCCACAAGGUCCAAGGCCCCCAGUGUCAUCAUCACAGGUCUCAAGCCUGCCACCAAGUACGUAUUUCAUAUCCGAGUGAGGACUGCAACAGGAUACAGUGGCUACAGUCAGAAGUUUGAAUUUGAAACAGGAGAUGAAACUUCUGACAUGGCUGCAGAGCAGGGGCAGAUUCUUGUAAUAGCUACCGCGGCUGUUGGAGGAUUCACUCUCCUCGUCAUCCUCACUUUGUUCUUCUUAAUCACUGGGAGGUGCCAGUGGUACAUAAAGGCCAAAAUGAAGUCUGAAGAGAAGAGAAGAAACCACCUACAGAAUGGGCACUUGCGCUUCCCAGGAAUAAAAACCUACAUUGAUCCAGAUACAUAUGAAGAUCCAUCUCUAGCAGUCCAUGAAUUUGCAAAGGAGAUUGAUCCUUCAAGGAUUCGAAUUGAGAGAGUCAUUGGAGCAGGUGAAUUUGGAGAAGUCUGUAGUGGGCGUUUGAAGACACCAGGAAAAAGAGAGAUCCCUGUUGCCAUCAAAACUUUGAAGGUUGGCCACAUGGACCGCCAGAGAAGAGAUUUUCUAAGAGAAGCUAGUAUCAUGGGUCAAUUUGACCACCCAAACAUUAUUCGCCUUGAAGGUGUUGUCACUAAAAGAUCCUUCCCCACCAUUGGAGUGGACGCGUUCUGCCCCAGCUUCCUGAGGGCAGGGUUUUUAAAUAGCAUCCAGGCCCCCCAUCCAGUGCCAAGAGGAGGAUCCUUGCCCCCCAGGAUUCCUGCUGGCAGACCCGUAAUGAUUGUGGUGGAAUACAUGGAGAAUGGAUCCCUCGACUCCUUUUUGCGGAAACAUGAUGGCCACUUCACAGUCAUCCAGUUGGUUGGUAUGCUCCGAGGCAUUGCAUCGGGUAUGAAGUAUCUUUCUGAUAUGGGUUAUGUUCACCGGGAUCUAGCUGCUCGGAAUAUAUUGGUCAACAGCAAUUUAGUAUGCAAAGUUUCUGAUUUUGGACUCUCCCGGGUGCUGGAAGAUGAUCCAGAAGCUGCUUAUACAACAACUGGUGGGAAAAUUCCCAUAAGAUGGACAGCCCCAGAAGCUAUUGCCUACAGAAAAUUCUCCUCGGCAAGUGAUGCAUGGAGCUAUGGUAUUGUCAUGUGGGAGGUCAUGUCCUAUGGAGAGAGACCUUACUGGGAAAUGUCUAACCAAGAUGUCAUUCUGUCUAUUGAAGAAGGCUAUAGACUUCCAGCUCCCAUGGGCUGUCCAGCAUCUCUACAUCAACUGAUGCUCCACUGCUGGCAGAAGGAGAGAAAUCACAGACCAAAAUUCACUGACAUUGUCAGCUUCUUAGACAAACUGAUCCGAAAUCCCAGUGCCCUUCACACCCUGGUGGAGGACAUCCUUGUAAUGCCAGAGUCUCCUGGUGAAGUUCCUGAAUAUCCUUUAUUUGUCACAGUUGGUGACUGGUUGGAUUCUAUAAAGAUGGGGCAAUAUAAGAAUAACUUCAUGGCGGCAGGAUUUACAACUUUUGACUUGAUUUCAAGAAUGAGUAUUGAUGAUAUUAGAAGAAUUGGAGUCAUACUCAUUGGACACCAGAGACGAAUAGUCAGCAGUAUUCAGACUUUACGUUUACACAUGAUGCAUAUACAGGAGAAAGGAUUUCAUGUAUGAAAGUACUGCAAGCACCUGUGUUUUGUGCCUCAGCAUUUCUAAAAUGAAAUACAUCCUCUCUGCUACCCUCUCUUCUGAUUCUCCAAACAUCACUUCAUAAACUGCAAUCUCCUGUUCAGAUUUUGGGUUACAUACCUUAGAUUUUUGCUUCCAACCUGGGUUUUAAAAUCAUGCUACAUAGCUCCUCUCUCAAUUACUUGCAAAUAAAACUGUGGCCCACUGAAGAUUGUUGCUACACAAUG